GUUAUUCGACUAGUUGAUAGUGCCACUCUUGAGUAUUAUGAAGACCUUGUUGCUAUUAUCCGUCGCUAUAGCAGUUUGUGCUGCAAGCGUCCUAAAAGACCCUGUACAGGGUUACAAGGAAGGCGACAGGUACUUCUAUUUCCCGGGAGAUGGCGACAACAUCAUUCACCUUGUCGAUGCUGAAGAACCUAUAGACUUUGCAUUUAUUGAAAAAUUUACUAGAAAUGCAGGCAAUAACGGAUAUUGGCUCUUUACCAGGGCUAAUCCUACGGUAGCCCAAGUCAUUGGGUUUGGUGACGUCGAUUCUGUUAUUAAUUCUAAUAUUGAUUUUUCAAAAGACUCAGUAUUUCUGGCGCAUGGAUGGAAUGGUAAUGGUGGAAACGACAUGAAUAAGAUUCUAACUGAAGCAUUCCUCCAGAAUGGGGAUGUGAAUGUUAUAGUUCUCGACUGGAGUACAUUAGCCAACAGAGGGUACACUACAGCAAAACGUGGAACUGCUGCAGUUGGUCAAGGACUAGGUCAAUUUGUAGACUGGCUUGUUUCCUUGGGAAUGUCGUAUGAAAAAGUACACUUAGUCGGGUUCAGUCUCGGUGGUCAUCUUGUUGGAAAUGCUGGUAGAGAAACAGGAGGAAAGGUCAAGAGAGUUACAGCAUUGGACCCUGCUGGACCUUUAUGGGGUCGUGACAAUGACCGCGUAGUGGCUACAGACGCUCAAUAUGUUGAAGUAAUUCAUACUAAUACUGGCUUUUUGGGAUUUACUGACCCAUGUGGAGACGCUGAUUUUUACCCUAAUGGAGGAACUGGGAUGCCAGGGUGCUGGCUAAACUCUUGCUCUCAUGGCCGUGCCUUCGAGUAUAUGGCUAGUUCUGUGAAGUAUAAUCACCUUCUCGCUAAUGAAUGUGAUACCCUACGUGAUGCUACUCGCAACAGAUGUGCAGGAGACCUUAAUCCUAUGGGUAACGCGGAUCUAUCAAAGUCAAGGCGUGCGCUGUCACCCGCGCAUGCCUCCGCCUCGGGCCUACCGAAUAGGGGACGGGUCUUCCCCAAGAACCUCGCCCCUAGACCCAUUCAUAGGGUACGGCAAAGGGCGUUAUCAGCCCUUGUCCUGCGCCCGGCGCGCCUUCUGCGGCUGGGAACGGCAGUCGAGAUCUCCUUCUCCCACUCAGCAACUUCCUUCUGCGAGAUCACGUCCUCGCAGAAGGACACCACCGCGGGCCAUUCGGCGCUGUCGACCACCUUCCUCACGAUGGCCGACUUUAGACUUGCUUAA